AUGUUGCUUUCUACCAGGAUAAAGAGUACAUACAUGAUUAACAAGAAAUUAUUAUUAGUCUUUUCUCUACUGCUAUCAAAGCAAUCCUUUGCUAGUGGGUUAUAUCUUAAAAGUGGAUAUAAUGGUGAGUUUUCUCACUAUGUUAGCCCUCUGCAAAUCAAGGAAAGUAAAUGUGUAACUGUAGAUGAUGGUAAUCAUAACAUAAUGAAUCUUGCUGAUUAUAACCCACGUUAUCACUCUGUGCUUUCUGCCGGUAUUGCCCUUGGUUAUCAAGGAGAAUCAGUAGGUAAGGGUGAGUUAGAGUUAAGACGUUCUCAAGUUAAGGUAGAUAAUAUUGGAUUGAUAGAAGGUCCAAUAUUUAUGUCAUACAAGGUAAAGGGUCAACAAGAAUUAAUGAAAAUAACUGAACUGACCAACGAUAGAAUUGAAAGCACAUCUAUCAUGGCAAACAUGUAUUAUCAACCGCACAAUGGNGUGAUUAUGCCAAAACAGACGGUAGUAAUAUGA